CGCCCUGGGCUGAAGGCAGGCGCCAAACUGUUGAGCAACCCAGGCAUCCCUUUUUUUUUUUUUUUUUUUUAAUUAAUUUAUCUUAGGGAGAUUGAGCACCAGUGGGAUGCGUAGAGGGAGAGGGAGAGAGAGAGAAUCCCAAGCAGACUCCACAGCAAGUAUAAAGCCCAAUGUGGGAUUCGAUCCCAUGACUCAUGAGAUCAUGACUUGAGCCAAAAUCAAGAGUCACUCAGUCACGUCAGACUUCAUUUUAGCUAUUCUAAUAGUUGUAUAGUGAUAUCUCCUUAUAGUUUGAAUUUGCAUUUCUUUAGUGGUUAAUGAUAUUGAAUAUCUUUUCAUGUGCUUAUUUGCUGUUGGAAUAUCUUCUUUAGUAAAAUAUCUGUUGAAAUCUUUUGCCUAUUUUUAAAUUGAAAUGUUUGUCUUUUUAACUAUUACAAGAGUCUUUUAAUUUUUUCUGUUAUUUGCCCUCUCACAUAAAAAAUUUGGAUGAAGUCUAAUUUAUACAUCUAUUCUGCUAUGGAUUAUGCUUUUUGUGUUUUAUCUCAGAAAUCUUUGCCUAACUCAAGGUCCACAAAGGUUUUCUUCUAGAAGGUUUAUAGUUUUAGUUUUUACAUUUAUUAUAAAAAAUUAUUUAUUUAUUUUAGAGAGAGAUUGGAUGAGCAGUGUGAGGGAGAGGGACAGGAGAAGAAGACUCCCUGCUGAGUGUGGAACCUAACAUGGAGCUUAAUCCCAGGACCCCAAGAUUCUGGCCUGAGCUGACUCCAAGAGUUGGGCAUCUAACCAACUCAGCCACCACACACCCUAUUUUUUACAUUUAUAUCUCUAUUUAUUUAUUUAAAGAUUUUAUUUAUUCAUGAGAGACACAGAGAGAGAGGCAGAGACAUAGGCAGUGGCUCCCUAUGAGGAUCUCAGUGUGGAACUGGACCCUGGGAUCAUGACCCGAGUCUGAAGGCAGACGCUCAAGCACUGAGCCUCCCCAGAUGCCCUAUCUCUGUCCAUUUAGAGGUAAUUUUUGUAUGUGGUAUAAGUGAGGGUAGAAAGUCUUUUUAUUUAUUUAUUUGUUUUGCAUAUGGAUAUUCCUUUUUUCUGGUACCAUUUGUUGAAAAGACUAUCAUUUUCCUGUUGAAUUACCCUUAACUCCUUUUUUUCUUCUUUUAAGAUUUUAUUUAUAUAUUCAUGAGAGACCGAGAGAGAGGCAGAGACACAGGCAGAGAAGCAGGCUCCAUGCAGGGAGCCAGAUGUGGGACUUAAUCCUGGGACUCCAGGAUCAUGCCCUUGGGCGGAAGGCAGGCACUCAGCUGCUGAGCCACCCAGGCAUACCCCCUUAGUUCCUUUGUAACAAAUCAUUUGAACAUGUAUGUAUGGGGUGGUUUGUUUGUUUAAAGAUUUUAUUUAUUUGAAAAAGAGAGAAAGAGGGAGCAUGAAAAUGUGUGUGGGGGGAGGGGUAGGUAGAGAAAGAGGGAGAAAGAACCUCAAGCAGACUGUGCUGACAACCCUGAGAUUGUGAUCUGACCUGAAAUCAAGAACCAGCCGAGCCACCCAGACACCCUUCCUUCUCCUCACCAUCUGAUACAUUUUUUUAUUCUUAUUCUACUAAUACAUAAUCUUUUACCCAGAAAACUUAAUGGUUGUAAAGCUCUGGAUUGAAAGAAAACUCAAUGAUAUAUCUAAAAAGAAAUGCAGCCCUGCCGCCACCAACAUGGAGAUCUUGUACCGCGUUGCGUUCCUAGUGCUCGAAUGCCCCAACCUGAAGCUGAAGAAGCCGCCCUGGGUGCACAUGCGGUCGGCCAUGACGGUGUAUGCUGUGGUGGUGGUGUCUUACUUCCUCAUCACCGGAGGAAUAAUUUAUGAUGUUAUUGUUGAACCUCCAAGUGUUGGUACUAUGACUGAUGAACAUGGACAUCAGAGACCAGUAGCUUUCUUGGCCUCCAGAGUAAAUGGACAAUAUAUUAUGGAAGGACUUGCAUCCAGCUUCCUGUUUACAAUGGGAGGUUUAGGUUUCAUAAUCCUGGACCGAUCGAACGCACCAAAUAUUCCAAAACUCAAUAGAUUUCUUCUUCUAUUCAUUGGAUUCAUCUGUGUCCUAUUGAGUUUUUUCAUGGCUAGAGUAUUCAUGAGAAUGAAACUGCCGGGCUACCUGAUGGGUUAAAAAAUGCCUUUUGACAAGAAAUCUGUGGAUAUUGGAUUUGCUCCUGUUAAUGAAGUUUUAAAGGCUGUACCAAUCCUCUGAUGUGAAAUAUGGAAAAAGAGUAAAGCAGCAGAAAAGAAGCAUCUCGUGAGAAAUAGGAAUCAUAUUAAAGCUUGAACUAGAAUGUCUUCUUGGUAUCAAAGAGACAAACUUCUCACAGUAUUUCUCCUGCUGGCCUGUACUGACACACCAAUGAUGUUUAGUGGCAUUUUCUUCUUAGUUUUUCAUUUCUUAAAGAAAAUAUACUCCCAUUUCCACAACUAUAA